AUGUCGAGAUAUAAAUAUGUGGACCUGAAAAGUGCAUCUGGCAGUGUUAAUGUCAUCGCCAUUGUUAAACAUGUUAAGAAACCGAAAAAAACCAAAGGUUCUUCGUACUCACUAUUUUUUUCAAUCACUGAUCCUUCUUUAAACGGUGAUAAAAUGUCAUGCAUCGUUUUCCAUGAUGCAGAAGGGAAUUUACCUCAGAUUCAAAGUCCUGGAGAUAUUAUUAUUAUGCAUAGACUUGUGAUAAAACAAUAUAAUGGUCGAAACCAAGGCUGCGGUUAUGGUGCAACAGGUUUCAGUGCAGCUGUAUUUUCAGGUGUUCAUUUGGAUCCAUUGACUCCUUUUAAAUCAAACACUCGAUGCACUUUUGGUGAUGAAGAGCUGAGAGUGAUAGAACGCCUAAGAGAGUGGUAUAUCUCUCCUAACUGUCCAGUUGAAAGGGAAAAUAUACAAAUUUCGUCUGAACAAAUUGGUAAUGAGGUAAACCGAACUAUUACAUCUGGAAUAAAAAGACUUGAUCUUUUGAAUGGAGAAGAAUAUUGCACAAUUGAAGGACAGAUUAUCAGUAUUUAUAAUUCUGUGGAAGUCGAUAAUCGUAUUGUUCUAUAUAUCUGGGAUGGACCACAAUCUAGUAAUAAACAAAAUACUGUUUUUAUUGGUCUUCCUCAAGAUCAUUUACUUCAAUUACUUCCUUAUUCUCAGCAUGAUCCUCAUCUUGCUGCCUUAACAGGACACAAUUUACAACAAUGGAAUGAAAAUUUAGUGAAAAAUUACGAAACAUAUGCUGAACAAGAUUUAGAUAAAAUGUUGAAUUCAAAUUUUUCGUCUAAUCCAAUGGAAACUUUUCGUGAUUGGUCUGUCCCAAUUUCCAUCUAUGAUGAAUACGCUAUUAGUGAACCGAUUGUCAACAUUAAACCUGGUGAUUUGAUACGUAUUCAUAAUGUGCAUGUUAGUUGUAGUCGACAGAAAAAUGAUCAAUCUUGCGUCUUGCAAUUAAGAUUACAUGGUAACGGUCAUAAAUUUGGACGUGGGAUAAAACAUUUAGGUAAUAAAUGUUUACUAAUGAAUUAUUUGAACGAUACAUUAUUCACUUUGGGAGACGAUGCAAACAUAUUAGACGAAGCAAAUAGAUAUGGUCUCUUGGACAAUCUAAAAACUGGAAUAAAUUUAAGACCCCCACUACUUAAACCAAAAUGUGAUCUUUUGCCGUAUGAGCUACAGUAUCCCCUUACUAUCUCACAAAUACGCAAUAUUCCUGUAGUAGUUAACGAAAAGCAAAGACAACUCAGUGAUUGGGAUUUAUUAUACCCUGUACAAACAGAAUUUAUUCCAUCUAUUCCUCCUGACAGUUGGCUAACCUGUACUGAUCUGCUACUCAGCGCAUCAGAUCUCAAUGUUGUUUACACCCGAUUAUGUGCUCGAGUAGUUGAUAUUGCUCCACUGGAUGUUAAAACGUUAAAAGAUUGCUUACUAUUAACAUGUAGUAAUUGUUCCUUUUCAAUUAGGGGUUCCAGUAUCUCUGAUGAUGAUGAAGCACUUUGCGAGUGUGGUUCUUGCUUAUCUAUUCUUCCUUUAUUCUUCCUUCAUUUAGAAGAUCCAUCGGGUAGCUUAAUUUUAACUGUCACCGGUCAUAAUGCCAUUGGCUUAAUUAAUAGUUUAGUUGAUGAUGAUCUUAGAUCAUGUAUCAAUAAUGAUGCAUGGUGGACGGGACUAAUAUUCGAGAUGAAAGAAUUACAGAAUAUUGGUAUAUCACCAGAUAAAAUAGUUCUUGAACAAUGUCAUCGGUUAUUAGGUCAGUGGAUCGAUGUUGCAGUUAAAAUUAGUUGGUCAAAGAAAUCCAUUCCAGGUACUACAAACACCGAAAAUGACAAUGAUCUCCAGUUUCAUAUUAAUGAUUGGGAUUUUAUGUAG